GCAAUAUCAUAUUUUACCAACAGUAGUGCUUGGGACUGCUGCCACCAUGUCUCGAACUACCAAGGAGACAUUCCGGCAGCGGAUGCAGGGCUUCUUUGGCAUGCGAGGACCUCGAGGGAGCAACCCUGGAGAUGGACAAUUUAAGAAAGGGGAGUUCUUCAUUACCCCUACACUCAAGAAGGAUUUGAGUCGAGAGAGUCCAUUGAAUGUUCGGAUGAAAGCUAUCAAUCACUUGAGUGCCCUCGUUGGUGAAAAGAAACUUGAAGAUAAUGGAAUAGAGGCAAUAUGGGUAUUGAUAUCGGAUCUGUUAGACCCUCAAGUCAAUACAGAUCAUCGUCAUCUUGUUCUUCACUUCCUCAAAUGCAUAAUAAUCGGUCAGUCUGAAUUCCUUGGUCCAAUGCGAUAUCACUUCUUUCAGGUGGUCAAGGGACACAACAUCUUUGAAGACCUUCCUCAGAGAUUGGACAUGUUGCGAGCUCUUAGUGACAAUGGCAAGAAUCUGUUAGAUUUUGAGGAGGAGAUGGGACCUUUUCUUAUGCUGUGGAUGCCAGAUGUCAUCAGCUAUGGAAAAACUGCUGGGUUUCUUCAGGUCUUGGUGAAUGUCAUCAAAUAUAACUCCUGCUACCUUGAUGAUCAUAUCAUAGCUGGCUUAGUUCAGCAUACUUGCUCCAUCUGCAGUAGAACAGAGAAAGAGAGGGAUAUAGAACAAGCCAUCCAUGUCUUAGAUGCUGUGAUCUGCUAUAGCUGCUUGCCUAGCGAGUCUCUUUAUCACUUCAUUACCGCCCUCUGUAGGACAGUCAGUGUCAAGAGAUUCUGCCAGUCCAGCUGGAAGCUAAUGCGUAAUCUUCUAGGAACCCAUCUUGGACACAGUGCAAUCUAUACCAUGUGCUGUAUAAUGGAGGAUAGCCACAACAUCAGUGAUGUGGUGCUGCUACGUGGGGCAGUGUUUUUUGUUGGUAUGGCACGAUGGGGAUCCAUGAAGGUACAAUCGUUGCGUCACAUCAACUUCACUUCUGUCCUGCCAUCAUUUGAGAGGGCCCUGACCUGCAAGCAUGUGUUGGUGGCAUAUGAAGUGACCCUGUCCUUACAGAGACUGGUCAAGAAGAAUGGACAGGACAUUCAAGCGGUCACCUGGGAUAUCAUUUUAGGAAUUAUAGAAAAACUCUUCAGAAACAUUGAGGAGUAUGCAGUGAGUCAUGAAUACCUUCCCACUCAGCUCCAUGAUCUCCUUACAAUGAUAGAGAGGCUUUAUGAGAAGAACAGUUUCAAUGGAUCACAGCAACAGCUCUUUGCUAUCGUAGAAGAGUUUGCUCGUCUCAGGCCUGAUAGUUCAGUACUAUGCCUGAUAAGAUACAGAGCCCAAGCCAUCCAUCCAACCAAAGAGAACUGGAUCCCAAACCUUCAGAAGCUCCUAGAUCGCUACUUCCGAUCUGAGAGUCGUACCGUCAUCAGGGAGGCUGCCCUCAAUGUCUUAUCCUCGACACUUCACUCAAGUGGGAGUCUCUAUGAGGAUGACCUGAUAAAAAUGGUAGCUCUACCCCAGCUGAAGUCCAUCUGUGAUGACCGAGACCCAGUGGUCAGAAAAUGUGCGGUCAAGCUGCUGAUGGACUCAGCCAAGGUCUGUCAAAGUCCUUUCUGUCUGGACAUACUGGACAUUAUAGAAAAGGUUGUGAUGAAGACCAUGCAUGUGAGAUCACAUGUAGGAGGAGGAGGAGGAGUAGAGUCGCAUCAUACUCCUCCUCAUUCAGAAGAAGAAAGAGACUUGGUUGAUGUGAUGACAGCUGUCACAGGUCUGCUGGAGCUCUUCAAGGUCAAGAUGUACCGUGUGCCCUCCUCCCAUGCCGUAUUUGCAUUUGAGUUGCUUGGCACCCACAUGAAGCAGCAGUAUGAGCACAAAUACAAUUCAGACAUGGCUAGCAACAUCAGAGCCAAGGUGUUUGAGUUCCUGCUGCAGUUGAGAGCAGACUCCAUGUGUAGACUAGGCUUCCCGGGAGAGAGGGGUAUCUACAAGUAUAGCCCCUAUAUACUAUGUGAUUCAAGAUUAGAGAUGGAGCUAGCAGGGAAGACAUCCCCACCAGUAUGCAGCUCACCGCCUCCGGGUGAGAGACAUCUUAAACCUACCAUCAUCCCGUUCAUCCAGGCCUUCAAGAUGAUCACAACCUGCUUGAGAGAGGAAACUCAUUGGAAGGUUCUAUCCAUGGUUCUGCCUUGUCUUACCAAAGCUCUUCAGAACAAGAACCUGGUCCUAGCAGCUAAUGCUAACAUGGAGAACCUGUGUGUGGUUCUCUGCUCCAUGGUUGAGGACCGAAGUCACAUGAGUCGUUUACAACGCUCUGAAGGAUUCAACAGAAUUGAUUUCUAUACUGGUAUCUACAGUGCCCUGACUGCCUUGGUGCCAUACCAUACGCUGCUUGACCAACAGAAGAAGGUGUACCUGAUCAAGUGCUUUGAGGCGGGCCUGAAGUUGAAGUGUGCCCAGCAGUGUGUGGAUGGUUUGACCUUGUGUGUCAUUGAGAUGCAGGAGACCAUGUUGAAGGUGUUGCCUUCGAUCAUCCUGGUCAUGUCUCAGAUGUCAGCUACUGCAACCAUGGCCAUCCCUGUCCUUGAGUUCCUCUCAAGCUUAAUCUGGUUUCCUAAGCUGUACGCUAACUUUGUUGAGAGUGAAUACAUGAGUAUCUUUGCUGUGGCUCUCCAUUACACCAACCCUUUCAAGUUUUCCCUAUAUGUAGUAUCGCUGGCCCAUCAUGUAAUUGCCAUGUGGUUCAUCAAAUGCCGUCUGCCAUUCAGGAGAGAGUUUGUCAAUUGCAUCACAAGGGGUCUACAAGCCAAUGCACUCAGACCUGUACCAGACUUUGAUGGUAGCAGCUCUCCACCAAUCAUGAAGCUUAGGAGAAGCAGCAGUCUCACAGACAGGACUAAAAUGAAUGAGAAAGGCAAAGGAAAGGGUGAAGAUGGAAGCAGUUCAAAGGCACUCACAACAGAAGAGGCUCUAGAUAUGCUCAACAGACUCCUCACUCAGACCUGUCUAGACAUGAUGGCUAGGUACACCUACUCAACACUGGCUACCUAUCCAAAGAGGUCACCGGUUUCAGAGUUCCUUUUGGCUGGAGGUCAAAGUCAAAGCUGGCUUGUUGGAAACAAGGUCGUUACCGUGACGACCAGUGGGGGCAGCACCCGUCUUCAACGGAACGGUGUGUGCGAGAGGUGCAACUCUCUCAUCCAGCAGUAUGUAGAGACAACCUCCACAGCCUCUCAGGAGAAAGUGGAAGGAGAGACGGAGAGCUGGAUGUCAAAGAUAAACGAGGAGAAGGCCGACCAAGAGGCUAAGCAACCAAGCUCACCCUCGGGUACAGGGUUUGGAAGGCUGAAGAGACAGAGAUCAAAGUCUGGCAACACACAGCGGAUAGACAGCAGUGGAAAUGCACUGCAGAAAAAGGUUACAAGAACAGAAGACCAAGAAGAGGUCAAACACCUGACACUCUUCAGCUCCGUGACCCCAGAGGUCACAAGUAGUGGGUUGGAUACAUCUCGUGGGUCUUCCGCUGAAAGUCUCAAGGGGAGCGAUGGCAGCUCCUCCCACCACUCCAAGAAAGAAGACGGUAGUCACUCUGCAAGGGCUGGCUCAAAGGUCAUGUUCGCUGGUGACAAAUUCCAAGGUUCGAAGGUGAAUCAGUCAGCAGCAGCCGCUGGGACCGGGAGCAAUAAGCCAACACCCAAGGUGAUGUUUUCAGGUGUCUCUGAUGUCAGCCAGGGUUCAAAGGCAGCAAGUAGUGCCUCAGAGACAUCUCAUGGACCAUCCUCAGAAGGCUGGAAAGCAAGCGAAAGUCAAUCGGGAAUGAGCCAUUCCAAGAAGGGAGAGAGCAGCCACUCGUCAAAGGCGGCUUCUAAGGUCAUGUUUGCUCUUGAUACAGGUCACAGUUCAAAAACAAACCAGAAAGAAGCAAGUACUUUAGCCUCAGGGUCUAUCAAACCAACCUCUAAGGUGCAAGGGGGUUCGGAUACAAACCAGGGGUCGAAGGUCAACCCGACUGAGACAGGUAACGGGAUGGCAGAGAGUGGAGAUCAGCUGACCUACAAGCCUCGGUAUUCAUCCCGUGUCUCCUCGGCCUCCAUCUACCAAUGCAACUGCUGGUGCCAAGGAUGGGCUGAGAUUCAUGUUAGACGACCCACGGGGAACACCUCCUGGAUUAUGCGCAUCCAGAAUGGUGGAGCACUCCUCCCCUCCUCUCAUGAGUUCCCUCUAGCUGACAUCUCUGCCUUGCUCCUGCGUAACCGAGACCUGGACAUCGAUGCGGACAUGGUGAUACCUGAUGAUAGCGGAUCGGAGGAUGAGACAUGUUCUCUGGAAGAAGAGGAAGAAGAAGAAGAAGAGGAAGAGGAUAUGCAUGAUGGGAAGCAGAGUAUAAGUCAUAGAGCGUUAUUGGAUUUCAGCAGCCCCUCAUUUCAUGAUGAUGAUGAUCUUUUUUCUGAUAUUCUUUGUUUGGAAUCUGACAUGGAUUCUCUGAGCUUUCCAAGAACUGAGAUGGGUCUGUCACCCAUGGGUCCAAGCUUCCUCCAAGACUAUGCUACCAUGAGAAAGAGAGAACUAGGAGAGAAAAGGGAAUCUGCUUACUGUGAAGUAAUAAAGGACCUCCAUGAGGCAACAGACACACUGGAUAAAGUUGGUACAUCACCCAAGCCUGGCUUGCUCAGAUCCAAUUCUUCACCGGCACUCAUCAGUAUGGGUGAACCUUCCAACCUACCAACCCUCUCCCCUCGCUCAGUGGCCCGGUCCUUCCUGGAGGAUGCAGCUCAAAAACCAGGCUCCUACAAGGACCCUUCGUUUCUCUCAAAGCGCUACGCCCAGGACGUGCCAUCAGAGCUGUGGUCAUCACCGGGGAUUGAGAAGACUGACAUAGGCGGGGAUCAGGAGGAUGGACUACUGCAGACCAGUGGGUCUUCGGAGUUUGUGGACAUCAGCUACAAGGACAUUGAGAACGAGGAGUCAAAGGCCACAGCAAAACCAGCAUCCUCAACUGCUCCUGGAGACUCAACAACCGAUGCCGUCGAUGUCAGUGCGGCCAUCUCGAAGACCACUAAAGACCAAGUCGAAGAACAUGAACCUAAGGCAGAGAAGCCAAAGACCUUGCCAGUGGUUCCCCAUUUAUCCGAAGAAGAGAGCAUCCAGCAGUCCAGGAAACUCUUGAACUACAGUUCCUCACGUCCCAGAGGUCACACGGUGUCCAUCAUGGUCCAUCGGGAUAGACCCAAAGGACAGCAAGGCGAUAGCAGGAGUCGCAGGACAUCUGAAGCUAAACACAGGGGUUCCUUCACACAGAAAGACUCUUACCGCUCUGGUAUCAAUCCAAGCUUUGUCUUCCUGCAGGUGUAUUUCUCUCCUUUGUUUACGGAGGGUGCUGAGAGACCUAUCGCUAUACCUCUCUCUCAGGUUGGUCAGAGAGCAGUCAAGGUCCUCGACAGGAUCCCUCCAUAUGAUACUCACAAGAUAGGUGUGGUCUAUGUAGGAGAAUCACAGGCCAAUGAUGAGACAGAAAUCUUGUCCAAUGUGUAUGGAUCAGCACGCUAUAUGAACUUCCUACGAGGGUUAGGUCAGCUGGUGUCGCUCAAGGACAUUGACCCUGAUGAAGUGUACACUGGGGGACUGGAUAGAACCGGUUCUGAUGGCAAUUUCACCUACUGUUGGCAAGAUGACAUCAUGCAAGUUAUAUUCCACAUAGCUACACUGAUGCCAAACAAAGAUUCAGAUCCCAUGUGUAACGGUAAGAAGCUUCACAUCGGCAAUGACUUUGUAUCCAUCAUCUACAAUGAGAGCGGACAGCCUUAUAAACUAGGAACCAUUAAGGGCCAGUUCAAUUUUGCAGAGAUCAUUGUUGAGCCUUUAGACAAUGACAGCAAUCUUGUCUCCAUACAAGCAAAGCCAGAGUUAGAGCAGAUGUUAGGUAGACGAGGUCCCUGGAUGGUUUCAGACCAACGAGCAGCUCUUCUUAUUAGACAGAUGGCACUUCAUGCUAAUCUGGCUUCCCAGAUCCACCGUAGCCGCCCAGCCGAAGCCUACUGCUCCAACUGGCUCGAGAGACUGAGGCACAUCAUACGCAUCCAGGACAAGGUCAGACACAUGGGGGCGCCAUCUAACCCCAUGAUGAACGUCAUGUCGUCUCGUUAUCUUCAAACACCGGAGAAGAAAUCAAGUGGACAUACAAAAGCAGCUAAAAUCAGUGACUUUACAGAUUAUGCGUAGUGCAGCAAGAGUGUCUACUUUGCGCUUGUCUUGUUGUGCAGAUUCUCCGAUUCCAGUUUCCUUCAUAUAUUUCACGAAAGAGAUUGAAGUUCCUGGAAUCAGGACUUUGAAAAAUAUUUCAAAUGUUUUCAUUAUGAAAACUGUUACAAGCAGCAUCUAACUGUAAUCUCAUUAAAAAUUCAUCUUUUCAUCAUCAGCACUAUUCAUCUUACACAUUAUACCAAUCCAUAACUUGUACUUCUGUGCAUACCAAGGACAUGUAGCUAACAAGUUCAAAGAGAUUACAAAUAUUAUAUAUAUUAUAUUAAUAUACAUGAUAUAAUUAUGGUAAUGAGUAGCUAUUGGUUUUAUCAGUUUACAUUAUUUGAGACCAAUUGAACGGUUUGAAUUCUCAUUGUUACUGGAUACAUGACAUGUAUUGCAGAUUUCACUUUUCUGCCAUUGUAGAGUGCAUGGUAUGGGUAGUAUGAAUUAAAGUACUAAGGCAUUUGUUGUUUUUGUGAUAAAUUAAUUUCUUUUCUUGUUACAGUGUCAAUUUGAAUCCAAGCAUUAAUUUAAUGACAAUAUAAACAUGUAGGCUAAGACUUUUGAAACGAUUAGUAUUUGCCAAAUCUUUCAUCUCCUGGUCGUCUGAAUAUCUUUACAUGUUUAUAUUGUCCUUAUAUUCUCUCAACAACAAAAAAGGAAAAAAAAGAAUUGCAAAAAAGAAAGACCAAAUGCUGGAAGCUUCUUGAUUGGUGUCUCUCCUUUGUUUUAUAUAUUGUUGUAUUAUAUGCAGAAAUUAAUUUUGAUACAGAACUGUGAAGAGGAGGAAAAUUGUGAUGUUAUGAUUGAUCGUAAUUGAAAUACAAUCAAAAGUAUCAAGGAAAUUGCUAAAGAAAAAACAAUGAAAAUAAUUUCCUUUAGCAAGUGAAAGUUAUUUUGCAAUUUAAACAUUUUUGCAAAUUUUGUAUUUCUUGCAUUUUCUUUUCCUUACCCAUUAGAGCAAGGUUAAUUUGACCAUGGAGAUACAAAUCAAAUGAUCUAAAUUAUUGUAGUAAUGAUUUAUUCUCAAUUUGUGUAGAAAUUAUAUUUUCACUGGGUGCUGAAGGUAACUACAUAUUGAUUAUUAUUACUUUCACUAACCCUUGUUAUUGUGCAAUAUUAUUAUUUUUGUAUUACUUAAGUUUUUUUUGUGAAUUUGCAUUUCCUAGAGGACUACAUUUUUGCAAGGGCUUGAUGAAUGAUUAAACAUGAACAAAAGUA